AUUUUACUAUAUUGUACUCCUUGACCUUGAUAGUCAAUUCGUGUCUUGGCCGAAGCCGUUUUCAACUUUAAAUUCGCAAAUCCCAAUGUAAGAUCUUUCAUAUAGAUUAGGAAGCUCCAGAUGGUUGGGACAUUAGAUGGUUAGGAAAUGCUUCAAACAAUUAAAACUAUUCUAUAUUUAUAAGUUGGAUACUACUCUUAUAACUGUAAUAAGUGAAAAGAUGUCCAUGGAUCAACAAGAAGCUGUACAUACUCCAUUCGAGGAUAUAAAAAAUGUUGCUUCAGAGCUACUUGAGAGACAUUGCAAUAAUUUGAUGACUGAUACUUCUGAGUCAACUAGUAAUUUUUCUAAGAAAAGUCUUAAACCAAUUACAAAAUCAGGCGUGAUAAAACAUUAUGGUCGAAGGAUGAAGUUGAAUUGUAGGCAUGGCUAUAAUAUUUUAAUUUUUGAUAAUGGAACCGUGGACACAUCUGAUGAUGACAUAGACAAACAUUGUAUUUUAGAAUUUACAUCAAUGGCUCCUGGACAUGUUCGUAUUAAAGGAGUUGAAGCAAAUUUAUUUUUGGCUAUGGACAAAACUGGACAUCUUUAUGGAGAGCCUGAUCCUACCAAAAAAUCCACAAUUUUUAUUGAACAAUCAGAAGGUCCGUACAGUGCAUAUUUAUCUUUUAAGUAUCAAAAAAAAAAAUGGUAUGUUGCUAUAAAAAAAAAUGGUAAAAUCAAAUCGGGCACAGAAACUAGAAAGGGACAACAUGCUACACAUUUUUUACCAGUACCUAUAAAUACAAAACAUUAAAUCUAUAGAAAUUCCUUAAUUUUAAAAUUAUAGAAUAUAGAAUUUUUCUUUUUGUUUUUAAUGUUCCUAAUUUUUUGUUUUUGUUUUUAAAUAUAUUGUAAUACUCACUCAAAAUAUAACGAAAACUAUUACAAAUGAUGCUAUGCUUUAGUGAAAAUAUGGGAUACAGAUCAACAAUAAUUUUGUUUAUAGUUUUGAUAAAUAAUUCGUAAUUCAGUAUUUCAGUACUUAAAUAGAUAUAUUUUUAAUAUUACAUAUAUGCUACGUGAUGUAAGGAGAAAUACUGGAUUUAUAUUUACCACUUUAAUUACUAACGAUUGUGAAGAAUUUAGGCAUUUGGCAAAUGAUAAAUACUUUCAGUAUUAUACACUAAUAUUGACUUAAGUAUUAACACAAUUAAAUGAAUUAGUAAAAAUAAUGAAAAUUGUAUUUGAAUAAAUAAUUAAAAACCUGGAUACAUUUUUA